AUGUCUUUACUAACGAGCCCUUUCCCUCUUCCCUUCCAGAAGUUCCUCUGGAAGGUCAGGGACCUGGUGAGAUCAAUGGCCAAGAUCGCUCUUCCUGUCAACGUGUAUCUCUUGGGUCGAGAUGAGGAGGAGACAAAACGCCUCAAUGAUCAGCACCGAUUCCUCGUGGCUGUCUCAGGACACCACAUCCACCCUUCUAUCCCUAAAGAAAACCUCACUGCAAUCGCCGACUUAGGUACUGGAACUGGAAUCUGGCUUGAAGAUGUCGCCCAAACACUCCCCGGAUCAGUCUAUCUGCACGGGUUCGACAUUUCCUCAGCCCAGUUCCCAUCCCAUCAAAAUCACCAAAGACCCAUAUCACUGAGCGUGCAUGAUGUCCUACACCCUUUCCCAGCAAAGCACCACUCCCGUUACGAUCUCGUCCACAUCCGACUUUUGACCGCGGGGUUGAAAAAGAAUGACUAUGCCACUGUUCUUGCCAAUGCCAGAGCUUUACUAAAACCAAACGGAUACAUCCAAUGGGAAGAACUGGACCACUCGGCCUUCUGUACAGAUGCAGUGCCCGAAGCACCCGUCAUCCAGCAGCUUCGCAACUCCGUCAUCAACGCCAUGCUCAGCCUGGGACUAUGGCCUUACGCGCCUAGCCGCGUGCACGAGGAAGUUGUAGCGGGUGGGUUUGCGGAUGUCGUGAUGAAGACAUACACUGCGCAAGGAAAGGAUCAUUUGCGGGAUAUCUCGCGGAAGUGGGUGGGUGGUGUUAUGAAGGCUCUGGUACCACCUUCUAUGCUGGUUACUGGGGAAGCAAAAACGGAGAGCCAGGCGAGGGAUAUGGUGAAUAGUUUGGUGGAAGAGUUUGAUGCUCAUUGUCGGUAUGCUCGGGCAAUGGUUAACUUGGGGGUUACGGUCGGGAGGAGGGUUGAUUGA